UCUAACAUUUUAGUCCAAAGAUCAAGUAUCUCUCUCUCUCUCUCUAGUCUAGUCCCUCUCAUACAUUCUUUCUUUAAAUUUUUCAUUUCAGUAGUAAUCCCCUACCACAAAAGAAAAAAAAAAUGAAGUUGCUAUCUACAAAAGCCACAUGCAACUCUCAUGGCCAAGAUUCUUCAUAUUUCCUAGGGUGGCAGGAAUAUGAGAAGAACCCUUACGAUGAAGUUCAAAACCCCAAGGGAAUUAUUCAAAUGGGCCUUGCAGAGAAUCAGCUGUCUUUUGAUCUAUUAGAGUCAUGGCUAGCAAAGAAUCCUGAUGUAGCUGGAUUCAAACGUGAUGGAAAAUCAAUAUUUAGAGAGCUUGCUCUCUUCCAAGACUACCAUGGUCUACCUUCUUUCAAGAAAGCAUUGGUAGAUUUCAUGGCUGAAAUUCGAGGAAACAAAGUCACUUUUGAUCCAAACCACAUUGUUCUAACAGCUGGUGCCACUUCUGCAAAUGAGACACUCAUGUUUUGCCUUGCUGAACAAGGAGAAGCUUUUCUCCUUCCCACUCCUUAUUACCCAGGAUUUGAUAGAGACUUAAAAUGGAGAACUGGGGUCGAGAUAGUGCCAAUACAAUGCACAAGCACAAAUAACUUCCAAAUCACAGAAUCGGCUUUGCAACAAGCUUAUGAAGAAGCAAAGAACAAGAACCUUAAAGUCAAAGGUGUCUUAGUCACAAAUCCAUCAAACCCACUAGGCACUACAAUGUCAAAGAGUGAAUUAAACCUUCUCAUUGACUUCAUCAAAGACAACAAAGACAUGCAUUUAAUAAGCGACGAAAUUUACUCAGGGACAGUUUUUACCUCUCCGAGCUUCAUUAGCGUCAUGGAAAUCCUUAAGGAAAGAAAUGAUUUUAAGGAUUUUGACGCUGACAUCUCGGAAAGAGUUCAUGUCGUUUAUAGUCUCUCCAAAGACUUGGGUUUGCCCGGUUUCCGUGUAGGUGCUAUCUAUUCUGAAAACGACAUGGUCGUUGCCGCUGCAACGAAAAUGUCGAGCUUUGGUUUGGUUUCAUCACAAACUCAAUAUCUCCUCUCAUCUAUGCUAGGUGACAAAAAAUUCACAAAAAACUACAUUUUUGAGAAUCAAAAGAGGCUUAAAAAAAGACAAAAAAUGCUUGUUAAUGGAUUACAAAAAGCAGGUAUUAGUUGUCUCGAAACAAAUAAUGCUGGUUUGUUUUGCUGGGUUGAUAUGAGACACCUUCUUAAUUCAAAUACAUUUGAAGCUGAAAUGGAGCUAUGGAAGAAGAUAUUAUUCGAUGUUCGGUUGAACAUUUCACCUGGUGCUUCAUGUCAUUGCACCGAACCUGGGUGGUUUCGUGUUUGUUUUGCUAACAUGUCAGAAGAUACAUUAAACUUAGCUAUGAAAAGGUUAAAGGACUUUGUUGCAAACUCCAUUAAUGGUGAAGGGUGCAGUAAUAAUAAGAAGAAGACUAGAAGUACCCAAGCUUCUAGAAGUUUUACGAAGAAAUCAAUUUCAAAUUGGGUUUUUCGGCUAUCUUCUCGUGAUCAUCGUGAACAAGAAGAACGAUAGCUUGGUUAUGGUGUGAACUAUGAAGCUUGAUAGAGCCUAUGUAUGCAUGCAUGCAUAAUUAUGUAUUACUACUAUUAACUUUGGUUUAUUGUUUUUUACUCCCCGGUCGAAUAUUUUUUGGAGGAGUUAGAAUCCCACUUUUUAUUUUAUUUUAUUUUAUUUGUAAUGGUGAAAUUGUAGAGAUAAGAAAUUAAGAAAAACACACUCUGUCUAUUUGGAUGUGAAGUGUGAGUUGUUGGAUA